AUGCAAGCGAUGAGCGCGAACACCAGCGCGCCGCGUGCGCCGCAACGCUCGCCGUUUGCGAUACAGGAGCUGCUCGGCCUCUCGGACAACAGGGAAUCUAGAGACCGGUACUUUGAGAACCGCGAUGGAGACAGAGUCCUGAACCUGUCUGAGAGCCGAGAGCCGCGGAGUCCUUACACGCCGCAGUUCCCGCUGCCGGCAUCGGUGGCUAGCCGGGUGGCGUACGCCGCCGCAUUCAACGCGCAAGCCGCCGUCGCCGCCGCCUUCCUGCCGGGGCCACCGCUACUGCACCCACCACCUGGGUUCCCGCAGAUUAAGUCACCGUACAGUCCCACCAACCAGCCUCACCUCACAGCAGUACGACAACUGUAUUCAGGCGUGUCACCCCUGGAGACGGCGAAAGACUUCACAGUCGACGGCCUCACUGGCUACAACGGCAAGAAGAAGAAGAAAAAACGACGACACAGCCGCACAAUCUUCACGUCGUACCAGCUGGACGAGCUGGAGAAGGCUUUCAAGGACGCACACUACCCCGACGUGUACGCGCGGGAGAUGCUCUCCCUCAAGACCGACCUGCCGGAGGACCGCAUACAGGUGUGGUUCCAGAACCGGCGAGCGAAGUGGCGUAAGACGGAGAAGUGUUGGGGCCGGUCGACCAUCAUGGCGGAGUAUGGCCUGUAUGGAGCCAUGGUCCGCCACUCCCUGCCUCUACCGGAGACCAUACUCAAGAGCGCCAAGGAAAACGACUCCGUCGCGCCCUGGCUACUCGGCAUGCACCGCAAGUCGAUCGAAGCGGCGCAGCACCUGAAGGAGUCAGGGUCGGAGCGCGAGGGCUCCGACCCCGAGCCCGACCGCGCCUCCAGCUCCGCCUCGCCCCGGCACCACGACGUACAUGACAACCAGGCGCAGAGUUCCCCGGCGAGUAGUACAACAGCCUCCUCGUCAGCGAAGGGCCGCGCGUCGCCGGAGCCCCGGGAGCCCUACGACGACCCCGAGGCCUUCCGCAACAACAGCAUCGCGUGCCUCCGCGCCAAGGCGCAGGAGCACCAGGCGCGCAUACUCUCCAGCAACUUACUUCUGCAGGUGCGCGGCAUGUCCCGCACGCCGGGCGCGGCGCCGGCCGCCGACGACGACGGCCCGGGCGACAUCGACGUCGGCACCGAGCAGCCGCUCGACCCGCCCGCGCAUGCGCCGCACCUCUACUGA